CGAGCGACAGUGUGGCUUACCGCCGGGAACCUGGAGGAGCGGGUGUGUGGCGCUGCGUCUGCUAAUACUAACCAAGGAACCGCUCCAGCGCCGCCACCAGCCAACGGGAACGGUUGAUUUCAGCUGUAACGUAUCGCGUAAAAGGGAAAAUUACAUUUCCAAAAGGAAUGUGUAGAGCGGUCAUGUGUUGUGAACUGCACAAAGAGGAGAAAACCUAAUGGUAAGAAAAUUAGGGUACAAAGAUAAUUGUCAAACUCGAGUCAUGUUUAACAGAAGGAAUGACUACUGGUGAUGUGUGAACUAGGACAGUACCGAGCUAGGUGCUGAAGUUGUGCCACGUGUGACUGUUGUAUAGCAUCGCUACAGUGUGUCUCGGCUACAGUACGCCAGCAAGCACGUAAUGAGGGCCUCGGGGGCUGCUGGGUUGUUGGGUGUCCUCACCGGGCUCACCCGCCCACAUCCUCAAGUUCUCACUCCUUAAGUAAUUGAUGGGCAGACGUGACCAUCACAGCACCACCGUGCAGAAGUCACCAUACCAACGGCACCCGGCAGAAGUCACCUUACCAACGGCACCCGGCAGAAGUCACCAUACCAACGGUACCCCGCAAAACAGAGGGUCACCAUUAUAGUGCCACCUAGGAGGACGGGGGAGGAGGGGCAGGGGCACCAUGAGCGAGCCACCACCACCGUCCUACGAUGAGGCCAUCUUGGGGCGGCCCUUCACCAUCGCUCCCGUGGUGAUCCACCCUUACCCUGCCGCCACCUGCCUCCACUGCUAUGUCUUUCAGGAGUCUCCAGCUCCGUCAACGCCACCUCAGGUGCCAUCGUUGCCAGAGUCGCCAGCCGCCGUCCUCCCGCCGCUGCCCAGCACCCUGUAUGAGUGGCAACGUUGCGGCCUCGACCUUAUCACAAAUCUGCAUCAAGUUCACAUCAGUUGCCGCCUGGGUGACUCUUACAUCUUCACGGACACUACCAAGAGCUUGCUGUACAGUGCCACUCUUGACAUGGGUAAUGAGUGUAUGUGCUGCAGUGUUCCCCGGGGCCCUGGCGUCACCUUCAACCUCACCAGCAGGCACGGCCAGCACGUCAUGGUGGUCCACCGUGCUGCUAAGGCAUCCUGCUUCCCUUUCAUGGAAAUGAGACUGAGUGUGUGCAUCCCACCAGAUGUGCUCCUGGGCACCGUGGAGGGCAGGGACGCACACUGCAUCCUCUGCAAUGCUUCCGGAGACAUUGUGUGCGAUGUUGAGCAAGAGGAGGUCUGUUGCUCGUGCAAAACCCUGCCUUACCAGGUUAUACCGUCCGGGUUUCCCCACGACACGGGGAGCAUCGCUGUGGCCAGCGACGGCCUCCUCAUCACCUUCCCCUCUGUCCUCGACGUUCCCACCAGGACGCUCCUCCUCUGCUGUGCCCUCAACUUGCAAUACAUGCAUGAAGAGCAAGAGAGGGAGCGACCUGCCUCAUAACACUACACAGGAUAGAGAACUAGUAUUAAAUACGAAGUAUUAUUUCAUACUUUAUAUUUAGUUUUUUAUACGAGAUGAAUCACUGCUCAUUGUAUAUAGAUGCCUUAUACCAUGCUAGGGUGUUGCUGCUGCUCUUCAGACCAGACCACCACACGCAAAUACUGUACAGUGUUACCACUUAGCGCGCAAUACAUCAAACCCUGACCAAUCACUUUACUGUGGAGGGAUGUAUAUAUAUGACACGAAAAAUAAUUCUCUCUCUCCCUCGUGUCGAGGACAGAAAGCAUGUUAGGUUUAUAGAGGUCCUCCUUGGUCCAAUGACAGGAGGUUUGUUAGACGUAUCGAAGUUCCUAUAGGCCUGUGAAUACUACAAGGAUGCAAGUUGCUCAACUCCCAUUUACCUAUUUACCGUUAGGUGACGAAAGGCAUCAGGUGAAAGGACACGUACCCAAAGGUCUCGAUUUUGCUGCAGGCAUCUAUCCCAGAACCUUCUGGUUGUGAAAUGACUCUCAACAGGACCCUUAAAAUGUCAGCACAUGAAGUUAUGUUGUACAGAAUUCUCAGCAAAUACGGAAGACUGUGUGGAGGACAAGAAACACUUUUUUCAGACGGAAUGACAUUUGAAGUGAAAUACCUCAUGGAUACAAUAUGGGGUCUGCUCUCGUAAUGUUGAAAUGAGAUAUUAACAAAGGUUUUCACGCACGUCAUCAAGACUGGGGAUCAUACAAACAUUUACUAGUAGGUUGACAACAAAUAUGAAACUUACUUUCAUACAAAAGUAUUGACGUGAACUUAAUACUUGGAUAUGUGGCUGGUAAAUGGUGUAUAAUUACCCAAUUACAAGACUUUAAAUUGUUGUAAGCACAACAAUUAGUUAUAUUAAAUCUAUAUUGUUAUAUUAAAAUUAUAUCGUUAUUCCAUUCACCUGGACUCUAGGAGACUCGAACCACGGACCCCACACGUGUGAGGCAGAAGCUAUAUCGACCGAGCUAUUGAGUAGUCUAAACAAGGAAAGAUUCCAGAAGCAACAUCCUGCUACCAAACUGUCAUUUUCAAACUGUCAAACGUCAGUUUAUAUGACGUGAGCGUGGAUCAGUAAUUCCUCCCAGCUUCAGUAGCAGUAGUCGGGGAAAGUCGAUGAUUACAGUUUUUGGCAGAAGGAUGAUGCAUCUGGAAACUUUUCCAUAUUAAAUCUCCUCAAAGCUGAGAGGAUAGAGCUUCGGCCUCACACGCGUGGGGUUCGAGUCUCCUAGAACCCGGGUGAAUGGAAUGUUCAUUUCCACGGAAGUGUGGAUGACAAUCUAUAUAGUUAUAUUAAUAUAGUUAUGUUAAACAUAAUCUGUACUAUCACUUGAAUAGAGUUCAUUCCUUGACAAUGCCAGGUAGACACGAAGUUUGUUCUUCCGUUGUAAAGUGCUGGAGACGUCAGGUACAACAGCAAAACCACAAGAUAUUUUGGUGACCUCAACUAACAGAUUUGACAAAAUGUUCCCAACUUCACACAAAGUGUGUAAUUUUUUGUACAGUGAAUAAAUAUCAAUAACAAAAUAAUAAAAUAGUUUGCUAAUUAUUUGAAAAUAACAAGUGGGAUAUAUUUAUUAUUUUUUUUUAAUGAAACCCUCAGUAAAAAGAUUUUCAAGAUUUUCACAAAUUUCACAAGGUCUCUUGAGACAAACUUUAUCCCACUGGUAGCUACGACCAGACUCUGGUUUUCCCCAAUGAGGCCAGGGUAUCACCUGCAAAACAGAGAUACCCCAUCAGAAAGAAGUUUCAACAAAACUAAUGCAAGAUGAAAAGCAAGUACUGAUAGAUAACGAGGCGAUAUCUCUCGAGAGUAAGGAAAGAACUAACCAGAAUGGGAAGCUACUGAGGUCUCCGCCAGAGAAAAUGUUUCAUUUCAUUCAGUGCUUUAUUUCUGAGAGAGAAGAUCUUGAUAGCUCGCUGAAGCUGCCCCACAAUGGUGCGAUAUUAGACUCCAUUUCGAAAACAGAAUUAACAAAUUUAACGAAGGCUUCCCCAUGGGAGAAGCACCAGCAUCGCAGCAUAAGCCAAAACAGGGGGACACCGCCGGCAGAGCAAAAGUAGAGGGCGGCUCGUCCUUCGGUUGAGCCGCCCUCAACAUGUCAAGAUUCCAGCCACCAAAAAAAUGUAGAACAAAGAAGAUGGCUCCAAGAAAUGGCCAGCUGAGUUCAAAAGACUUGGAGAGUCUCCAGGAAACCAACAGGUAAGUUAAAAUGCAGGCACAGGGACCCAAGAAAACUCCAGCAAGAACUCCAAAAGACCCAAACACAGCCUAGUGACGGGCAAGUGCACAGCCCAAAGCCCAUUAUUGUAAAACCCUUUUCUUUUUAAAUCUGCUCAAGGAUCAUGGGUCAUGUUGUUAACAUAGCACCUUUGGUGUCGAUUGUUAUGCCCUACAUUUAAGGUCUAACAUUUGUCAAUUGUAAGCACUUUACAAUCUUCUGACCAUUUGUAAAGUUUGCUUGGAUCGAUUUACGAGGCUGCAAUAUAAUUUGCACUUCCCAUUAUCCCAUAAGCCUUUGUAUUUGUUUAUUUUUGUGGUUUGUGUUGUUGUCAUCCAUGUUAUUGGUGUAUAUUACAAAAAUGCCCAAAAAUGGAUUCUUGUAGUACUCAACUCUUAAACGUUUCCAGCCUGAUUCUUUUGUAUUAUUUUGUUUUAACCAUUCGAGUAUUUUACGACUGAUUGCAUUUGCUAGUACAAGGCCAUGUCUGGUAACUUUUCAAAUGCCCUGUAAAAGUUGAUGUACAGUACAAUGACUGGAAAUACCCUUGGUUCAUAUAUAUUUUUGUCGAAAAUCCCCUGGUAAUGAUUUAGCCGUUGUUGGUGACAAUUAAUACACAGUCACUAAGAGGUUUAUGUACAGAAAUGUGUAAUUUAAACAGUACACAGCAAUGUAAUCAUCUCGGUGAUAACCGUAAAUUAUAACAAAAAAACUAGUUUGUUUAAAAAUGUUUUACAGUUUCAGAAUUAACAGCUACACAACUAUUAGAUUUUAUGUUGGCCAUGACAGCUUCCUCAAGAAAUGAUUUGUAUAAUAAAACCAUAUUCGUAUGAAGACCUGAUGAAAUAUGCAUCACAUUAUAUUUAACGUGGAUAAAGAACUGGUCAUGCAUUUAGCGACGCUGGACAUUUAAUACGUAACAGUGGAACUGUAAAAAUAAUAAUAUAUGAGAAUGUUCAUAUGUUCAUACCAAGAAGAUAUCAAUAUUCAACAACACUACUGUUUAUAACAAAUAUUCUAACGGAAAACAAGAAAAUAUAAAAUUUACUUCAACAAUUGUAUAAAUCUCAGAGAAUAGAUAACAAACUUGUUUAGUGAAGAUGUUGCAGCACAAAGGUAACUGAAGCUUAAAAAUUAAAGCUGUUCAGUGUUUUACUGAACAAUAUAUUUACAAUAUAUGAUGUGUGAAUGCACUCGGGACGCUUGUGUCCACCACUAUACCACUCUGUAACGGUGUGUUUGUUCCUCAUUUCUCCUUUAGUUCAUGAAAUGUUUGUUUCUUAUCUGUGUACAAAUAUGAGAAAUAAAGUUUUGCCAAUAGAAUGUA